UUAUACUUCACGGUUUUUCAUGGAAAGCGUCUAGUACGUGAAGUUGAGUUGAAGCUAUUGAGAUUUCGAGCACAAAUACUUUCUGUUUAUAACAAUAACGUAUAAAAUUGCUUUAGUGGUUGCCGCUUAAAACAUUGAUACGACACACCCAUUGUACUGAAAUGCGAUGGUUUGACCCGUUCUCAUAAGACUUCAUGUCAAAUCUCUCACCGAAACGGGGAAGUUUGAUAAGCAUCAUGUCAUCCAGAUUCAACUUCAGGAGAAGAGAGAAGAGAGAAUUUAGGAAUAUAGCUCAUGGCUUGAUCCCUGCUGCCACCAUUGCCCCCAGACCUGCUGUCCCCCGCACUCCUCCCCCACGCAGCCCCAACCCCUCUUCAGAGAGACCCAGGUCUGCCUUGGCAGCUGCCAUAUUGUCUUCCUCCCUGAUGGGCCGAACUGUUGCCAUUCCUCCUCCACGCCAAAGGUCUUACUCUGAGAGUGACUGUUCACGCUCAGACAGCCAAACCGGCUUUGAGCCCUACGCUACCACAGCGCUUUAUACUAGGGACAGAUGGUCAGAUUCGAUGGCAAGAAGACCCCCUGUGCCUUCCCCAAGACUCAGUGAUGACGAUGAAGACGAUGAUAAUGAUGAGGUGGAGGGUCUAGAGAGAGAUGAAGAUCAUGUGUAUCAGUCCCUUGAGAGACAACAGAGCAGAGCUGAUGACAUAAAUGUUGUUUACGCUGUGCCAUUAAAACACAGGAAGGUUUUGACCAGUUCCGAUGCAGAUGAAGAUACUGAAGACUCUGCAUUUGAUAUUGUGUCUCCCCUGCAGACUGAAGAGGAAAUUGUGUUUGAAGAAGGAGCUGCUCAAACGCCAUCAUCGCUACGACAACCAAGAUCAAUCUCGCAUGAGAGCAUGGCGUCUCCAGCAGAUCUUAAUGAUGACAUGAGUGCUCAGUCUCAUAAGCCAGCACUGCAGACUCCAAAGAGGAAGACCUCACGGAGGAAAGAGAGUCCAGUGAGAGGGAAAGAGAGAGACGUCAGUUCAGAGGCUAGUGAAAUGUUGCGCUGUGCACUGGAGGUACAGCAAGAGCUGGUGAAGGAUCUGAGGGAGCAGACUCAGGUUCUGUCCAGGGAGAAGGAGAUGCUGGAGAAGAGAUGUUUACAACAGAGUCAGCACAUAGAGCAUCUCCAGCAGGAGCUCUCUCACUCUCACACAGAGAGAGGAAAUGCCACAGGUGAGAGCUCUGAGUUGCUGAGUCUAAGGCAGCAGGCUCAAGAGCUGGUGGAUGAAAAUGAUGGGCUGAAGAUGACAGUCCACCGUCUCAACGUGGAGCUCAGCAGAUACCAGACCAGAUUCCGACCACUCGCCAAAGAUGAGAAUGCUCAACUCAAAGGGCUGCCAAUGAAAGGACCUGCACCUCCUUGGUUGCUGGAUAUGAAAUAUUUAUCGCCCCUUCUGUUGGCCUAUGAGGAUCAGCUGAAUGCCAGAGACAACCUCCUUAUGUCAUGUGAGGAAGAGAUGCAGAGUCUGAGAGUACGUGCGGAGGAGGUCAUUCAGGAAAAUGAGAAACUUCAUGCUCAAGUCAACAAGAGCAGCGCUGUCAGUAACAAAGAGUGGAGGCAAUUGCAGGAGCAAGCUCGCUUGGUAUUGGAGGAGAAUCAAGUGUUCAUAGAGCAAUUGGAACUGCAGCAUGCUAAAGCUAAGGAGGCCCACAGCAGACACGCGCAGGAGGUGUGUAAGGUCACGAAACAGGUGAUGUUGCUGGAGUCGGACAAGCAGGCUCUAGAAAAGGAGCUAGAAGUGGAGCGUAAAGAGCACCAUGCCCUAAAGACCGAGUUUCAGAGGGUGCGCUUGGCUUUACAAAACUCUCUAAGCUUGGCUGAACACAACGAUGUGACAGACAAAUUAAAAAGGCAGCUGGAGGAACAUGAGAAAGCGAAGAAUUCUGAGGUUGAAGAGCUGUUGGCUCGUGUAAGUGCGAUGGAAGCGGAGAAAAAGACUCUGCUGCAGGUUAAAACCAACCUCAAUACAGACAUCAAACGCAUUGAGACAGAGCUCCAGCUUUCGCGUCAAGCUAACAGGAAGGCUCAGAGGUGUAUAAGUGUCCUGAAGCAACAGGUUGAAGACUCUUUAGAGAAAGAGCUCGUCGCUCAUCAGUACCUUGCUAACAUCGUCACACUUGCAGAGAAAACCACCCAUGAAAGAGAUCAGCUUAUGCACAUGGCUUCAUCUCUAGAGAAAGACAAGCAGGGUGUUCUCACACGCAUCAUAGAAAGCACUGUUUGCCUCGGAAAACUGCAGGAAAAAGUAAAGGUGUACAAGCAGCAGGCAUCAGCAAGUGUGUGUUCGCUGGGUCGGCGCCUGCGGGAGCAGGAGGAAGACUUUGCGGGGAAAGCAGCGAGUUAUCAGCGAGAGAUCCGGCACCUGCAGAGCCAACUCAGAGACAGACAGGAACAAUUGCAUGGAGCUCUGCAGCAGAAGAGGUAAAAUGUCAAAAUUGAAGUAAUUACAGGGAGUCCGCCAACGGAAAGGACGACUCAAAACACACCCCGGAAUUGGAUGUGCAGGCUGUUUGGACACAGGCCUGACUGCCAGACCCUGGAGGGCUGACUCAUCCACUGGCGCCAAAUGAGCAAAGACUUGAUCUCUUGGCUGACCACUCAGAAUCAACUCGCAACAGUUCCUAAAAGAAAGAUGACACCAAGCUGAGGGGAAACACAUGAGUAUUUUUCCACCCAUGGUUUUUAAGUGAGCCUCGACGAUAUAGACUAGAAUUGUUAAAUUUACCAGAGGACCCUGCAAUUGUUGCUACAGGGGUUAUUAGACCUGUUAUGUUUCAUAUUGGCCCAAAUGUAUUUUAUUAUACUAAAAUAGAGUUAUGUUGUUUUGACAUAAGUGUCCGGCCGUGCUUCGACACAGAAGCAUAUUUGUAGAUACUCCAGGAACCUGGGUAUCUUAGGGGGGAAAUGUGGGAUCUAUACUCAAUAUAUUCCAUGCAUUGACCUUUUUAUGACAUUCUCUGUGUGUGUUUGCCUGAGAUAAGUGAGGUGUGGAAACUUCCCUCCCAAAAAGGGGGGAAGUGUGACAGAUUGCCAACCUUUGAGUGUGUGUGUGUACGUGUAAACAGACAUAUCUCAUGACGUGUGGUCACACCUGUGACUUAUUUAGAGGGUAUAAAGUAUAGCUGUUGUUUUGCAGAUCUUUGUGUUUCAACUGAUGCAUGCUUGAGUGCUGAUACUACUUUAAUAAAAGUUACUCUUUGGAGCCUUUCAUCCUCGGUCUCCUGUGUCUCUUUCUGGCUUAAGAGAGAAACAUCACUCUGCUCCAACACCAGAAGCAUUGACUGUUUCUCAGUGUGCAUUCUUUUGUACUCUUACAUUCUUGUGGACAUCAUCAUCCAUUGCUGAAGUUCAGUUCCAAUACUCAAGAACGCAAGUACAGAAAAUGCAUAAAAUUAACCGGAUGUGUUCUUGAUCAGGCCAAUUUUGACGAUGCAUCGGAUGGUGACUUGUGGGCAAGAACCCAUUUGAAAUCCCAGAAGUCAUACAUUUGUCAUACAUUUGUUGUGUAUUCCCUUAAGAGUUUACCACUGUAAGUUGCGAAAGCCUGGGGGCUCUUGAGUAAUUAUACUCCGACAACAUUUGUUGUUUUGUUGGCCAUCAUUUUAAUAAAGUACUAAACACAUGGAGAAAACGAGUGUUAACUGACAUUAUUCUUUCAAUGUUUGACUAGUCCUGCAAAAUUUCACUGGUGUGAUGAUAAUAAUGCUGUCAUUGGUGUGUGAUAAUGCCAGUAGUUCUCUCAAUGUCUACAAAUGUGCUUUGAUGGUCAGUAGAUCUUAUUCACAAAUGCAUCAUCUUUGAUUUUUGACGGGAAUGACAACGAGGCUUUGAGGGUUAGGGUAGGCUUAGACAUGCAGUCUCUUUAAUAAGCUGUACUGUAGUUUAAAGUGUCUUUGGACCAUUCCGCUAAUAAAAUAUUGAAAAAAAUAUCUUUCUAAGAACAUUCAGACAAAAAACUGCAGACAACAAGAGUUGUGGAAAAUCUGAUGGGAUCUAGGAGCUUCAUACAGCUUUGUACCGUGCAUGCUAUUGAAGAGAUGGUAAGUCUGUCCCUCAUAGCCUCGUUUUUAUUCAUGCCAGAAAUCAAAGAUGUUGCAACUCUGAAUAAGGUCUAUUGCACAACAGGAAUAUCGCAGCAUAUCUCAAAGCUUGCAAUAGAUGCGUUUUACAUUGUCCUGUCCUUCCAAGUUCAUUCUUGCAAGGUUGCUUGGCAAGACUUGUCUUCGUUAGAACGCAAGUCCCAUCUCUGCAUUCUUAGCAUUGAGAAACACCCAUAAUUCAUGCAAAUACAUGCGCACAAGCACUUGCUUACAAAUACUGUGUUCACAUACUUGUGUAGAGUGUUUCACCCUUUAAAGAACUCAAAUUUGUUAGUAAAGCCUGACUAUACUGCACUGGAACAAGCCUUUCUCUUUCUCUCUCCCUCUCUCUCU